UCAUUUCGAUAUUUGAUCAUGCAUUUUCUUUGUCACUUGUCAUUGUGCAAGAAAUUAGAUUUUAAAGAGCGGCGAUGAAGGCAAAUCUAGAAUAUGUCAUUUCUAACCUUUCGGCUGGAUGUUUUAUGAAGCUGCACGAAGUUUGCGGGUUAAAUAUACUAUUUAUUCAGUAUGACGUUUAUCGACGAGAUUGCUAAGUGUACCUGGUGCACAGACGAUUGUUGCAGUUUACUUUUAUACAAAAUUUGACAACGUUUUAACAAAAGUGUGUGUCAUCAGUGUCCCCUUUUGUAAAAUCCCUGCCAAAAGCUGAAAAGCUGUUCUCUGAUGCUGUCCAGUGCUCUCCGCUGCCUGCGUCCCUCCACCUGCACCCUUGCCUUAACCAGACAGCUGACCCAUCACCGGCCCAACAUGGGUCCUGUGGAAACCACAAUACGGACCAAACUGGCCCAGGCCCUCAAACCUGAGCACCUGGAGGUCAUGAACGAGAGUCACAUGCACGCCGUACCCACUGGUUCAGAGUCCCACUUCAGAGUUCUGGUGGUGAGUCCUCGGUUUGAGGGUCUUUCGCUCUUGCAGCGUCAUCGGCUUGUAAACGAGACCCUGCAGGAGGAGCUCAGCACCUGCGUUCAUGCCCUUGCCAUCCAGGCUAAGACGCCCCAGCAGUGGAGCAGCAACCCCAGCCUGGCCAAAAGCCCCCCGUGCAUGGGAGGAUCCAAGCAUGAUAACACGAUGGCUGAGAAACUGAAGGCGGGACAAGACUGACUGACAAAAUCGUAGUGUUGAUGGGUAUUUAGCAUUAUAAUCAAAUAUGAAGUGAUAUCAGUUGGUUUUUUGCACAUUUGCUUCAUGCAUAUUUCUCAUCUGGAGCUGACCGGGAUAUUUAGUUGACUUCAUACAAACAUUAUUGCCUUGGACUGGUUAAGUACUAUAAUAAAAUGUGAUUUAUGCUUCAUUUACAUCAGAA